UAUUUAUAAUAGUAAACUUCACGUUGAGAGCUGUUUACUAAAUAAUUUUCAUGUUUACCUUUUCAAAGGAAAUUCAAGCUCGAUUAGAUGGAAAAAGGAAGUUUUUAGUAAUAACAUAAACUAAAAUAAGAUAAGGAUAAUAUUCAAGAAGAUUUGCAAACUUAGCUACUUGGUCUUAUUAAAUGUGAUUCAAUUGUUCAUAUUACUUUAUUAUUUAUAUAAUAAUUACUCUAACUAAUUUUUAGGAAAAGAUUGUUUUUCAUUCUUUAAGGUUUUAAAGACAAAAUUUAUAAUUUUAUUUUAGGAGUAGAAUUAGGCCUUUGGACUUUAUAUAAGAUAAAAACAGCUGUCUUUGAGAAGGAAAAGAGAGGUUCGAUUGCAAUUUUACGUGGCUAUUAGAGAAAAAUUUAACAAUAUACAUAAUAUGGAUCCUUCAGAAGAAAACUUUUCCCAAGUUGACAGAGGAGGUUAGUUCGUAUUACUUACCAGUAUACCAAAAAAAAUACAUAUAUUUUGUGAAAUAAUGCUUUACGAUCACACGGGAUAAAUAAUAAGGUAUUUUACUGUUUAGAAUAUCGUAGAAGUCGUUUAUAAUGAUCAUUAUGUUCUUCGUAUUUUACAACUGAUAAAGCAUCUUAUAAAAUGAAAUAUAUCCACAAAAUCUUUAUUAACAUAUUUAAGAUGUUUUAAAUAAUACAUAGACAUUAUUAUCCAUUAUUUCUUGUAGCCUAGUCAUGAUGAAAUAUUUAUUUAAUUUUAAUAUUAUAUCAAGGAUAAUCUAACGACCCAUUUCAAAUAUUCCCGGUAGGACUUGUACUCAGUAUAAUUUUACAUAUGUAUAUAUUUGACUUCAUAUCUACUUUAACUCUUUUGAUAAUGGCUAUCGAAAGUGAAAUAAAACUUUUAAACAAAAUAUUAUCAAUUCUAAAAGGCCUAGGCAAUUUAACUAAGAUUAAUCAACGAUAACCCAGUGAAAGUUAAUGAUCUGUGAAAGGCUUAAAGCUUUAGUCUCCUGUGAAUAGUGGAAGCAUUCGUUAGAGCUGUAAAAAUUAACCCAGAGGUUGACUUACUGAAGAAAAGUUUGAAUAUUGGGGAUUUUCUCUCAGAAAGAUAACUCGUUGAUUUCUCUUGCCAAUAUAUAAUUAUGUUAUUUUAGGCAUACAACUUCCAAUCUCGAAAGUACUAAAAACUUCUUUAACAUGAUAAAAAAUUGACCCUGACUAAAUAAAGAAAACUACCUCUGUUUUUUUCCAGCAGAUAUGUAUCAAGAAUCUGGAAACAGUAUAACAAGUGAUCUGAUCGAAUAUGGAAGUGAUUUUGCUGCGGGAUUAGCAGGAGGAUGCGCUGGUUUGACUUUUGGACAUCCUUUCGACACCAUAAAGGUUCGACAACAGACAAUGGGCGACAAAUGCGGUACUAUAUUAAAUUGCUUAAAAAGAUCAUUGGAAUUGGAAGGGCCUAAAGGUCUAUUCAAAGGAAUGGCCUUCCCACUCGUGUCAGUUGGCUUUCUAAAUAGUAUCUUUUUUGGUGUGUACGGAAACGCUCUAAAGUUUAUAGAUAACGGUGAUAAGGAACCUUCAUACUCGUCAAUUUUCAUGUCUGGCGCUUUUGCGGGGGCUAUACAAGCUGUUCCCGCUUCUACGAUAGAGCUAGUCAAAGUUAAACUUCAAGGUCAAAUAGGCAGAAAUGAAUUCAAGGGGCCUUUCGAUUGCCUUCGACGCAUCUAUAAAAAUCAUGGAAUACGUGGAUGUUUUCGUGGAUUGACACCAACAAUUUUGAGGGACAUGCCGGGUUUUGGAGUGUAUAUUGCAUCUUAUCAAGCUAUGUGUGAUUUUGCGACGCCAGAGGGUCAUCAUCAACCAUCAGUAAGAGCUAUGUUGUUAUCUGGCGGAUUGGGGGGAGUAUUUUCGUGGAUCGUUAACAUCCCAAUUGAUAUAGUGAAGAGUCGCCUCCAGGCUGACAAUCUUUCUAAUCCUAAGUACAAAAGUUCUUGGGACUGUGUUCAACAAAGUUAUAGAAAUAAUGGGUGGAGAGUAUUUUGGAGAGGUUUACCUGUUUCUUGCCUCAGGGCUUUCCCUGUCAACUCAGUUACUUUCGUUGUCUAUUCUCAAACACUAGCUUACAUUCAGAGGACAAACGGUCAGCGUCAAACUGUCUGAAAAUACUGGGAUUCAAAAAGAAUUGUAGAAUACUGCAAAAAAGAUAAAAUACAACUAAUCAAGACAAUAGACAUAUAUGCGAUUGAGAAUAUAUUUCAUUGUAUUAUAUUUAUUUAUGAAAAUCUAUUCAUAAAUUACAUGUGUAUGUGCGGAUGGAAAACCAAGAGGCCAAUAUGCAAUAUGAACUGACUUUGUUGUAUUGUCAAAAUAAAUUUGAUAUUAAUUUUAUAAUUUCCAUAUACAUAUAUGUAAUGAAAUUCUAUAAAAAAUUUAUUCUAACCAAAUAGAUUGUUACUUAAACGAUGGUCUUCCUAGAAGCCUGAAUAUUAAUAUAAUUUUUAACUUUGAACUUGAGACCUUAUGAAAAAUAUGAGUUAUCGCAAAUUAGGCUAAAUUAUAUUAGAAAAUAUUCGUGACGUAUCAAUGAUAAAUAUCUAAUAAAGCCUUUUCACUUUAUAAGAUUAUUAGUG